AUGGGACCUCUAUAUAAGCCUAAAUCGCCAUCGUGGGUGACAAAACAGAUGGAAAACAAGGCAUGGAUUUGCUUACAUCUACCUCUGGUGAUUCUACCUCAACAAAUCCUUCUAAAUUCGAAAAUGUUCACUUUCGGGAAUAACAGCGCUGCCUCGCAUGAUGCUGAAAGACAGGCCGAGCUUGCAGCUCGUGAAGCUGCAAGGGAAGUGCCUGAAUGCUUUGGAGAGGAUGUGGAGGCGUGUAGUCCUCCUUCCUCUGGAAGAGCGUCGGUGGAUUCGGUGGCGUUGUAUAACGCCACCGUCAGGGCUGAGUUGCAUGCAACUCAGUCCCUGGAACGAAUCCAACAGCUCGAGGGGGAGCUGAGCGUCGCCAGGAGGCAGGUUGACGCUCUGCAAUGGAGCAGAGGCCUGCAUACCAACGAGCUGAAAGAAACGCAGACCCUAUGCAGGCAGCACGAAAGGAACCUCACCCGCAUGGUGAGGGAUUUACGGGCAGUACACAACGUGCUGCCCAAGGCCCUCGAAACGCAUAGGGCCAAGCUGCGCGCCCUGCAUCCGGAGGAGGAAGAAGAAUUACUCCACCACUUCCUCCAGAAGGGGAACGUGGUGGAAACCUUUAUCGAAAUCAUCACGCACGGUGAAGGCAUGGUCCGCGUGACCACCGACCGGGACGAGUUCUUUUUCGACUCAGAAGAGUCAUCAUCAGAUGAUGAUGAUGAAAAUCUCUCUUCUGAGAACGUUGAGAAUGAUCCGAACCUAGCAGAGGACUUUGCUAUUGCAGAGUCAUCAUAA